UCGAAUGUCGUAUGGCAAAUUUGCUUAAAGCGAACUACUUUUGAAUAGUUGAGCACAGGUUUCAUUUUUGUACUAUUUAAUUCUCAGCAAUCCUCUGUCAAACGAACAGUACGCUACCAACAUGUUGCGAUGGUGGCAUAGCGUCUAGUUCCAAUGAUCCUGUAAGGUUACACCAGAGAGGGCUGAGGGAGCCCCUUGUAGAAUGCGGAGUAAAUGAUACCUGCGGUAUCUCUGGAGUUCCAGACGUUUAAGUUAUAUGUUCAAAUAGAACCGCGGUUCCUAUAAACUCCCUCGAUCGCCGAGCACAAGAGCUCACGACCGGAAAAGUCAUUUUAUCUAGAAAUUUGGCCUAGCUCUUUACUAUGUUUUACUUUUUGCCUUUGUACAACAUUUGCCUUGACCAUAGCUAACAAAGAUGAUACCAUUUACUCAUAUGUUGGAUAUGGCGCUGGUCUCGCUGAAGAUAUAGUUGCCUUCUGAGAGGUCAGUACUUCCCCAAAACGCAACGAGAAUAGUGAAACCUUGAAGUAUCCAACAUAAGAGCCAAUCUUGAUUUUGUUCAAAACAUUCUUGUCAGUAAUUCUGGAACUUCGUAUUAUCUAUCCUCUUGAGAUUUGAGCAACAGACGUCAUCACCAACUCUGUAAUCGGAAUCAACGCUCUUGGAAACCGAGUAGAAGAUUUAAUAUGGGACUACAACUAUCUUUAUCCUCGAAUCUUUAAUAGAAAUGUAAUCGUUUCUGGACAAAAAGAUACACGAAACUGCCAUGCAACACUGAGGCGAGACAUGUGUAUAAGAAUACUUGAACAAUGCCGGUUUGGCAAACGUAUCCGCGCGGUAUCCAAUAUCACCAUCAAACCACACGACUUGCGAUAAUUAAAUUGCCAGGAGUUACGGAAGUGCGUCUAGUGAACCCCUGUUUCCCUUUUCUUUCUAAUAAUAUCCCAGGGCUCAAUGGAAGCGAUGCUGAUGGAAGCGGAUAUUUCUUCAGUGCAUCCUGGGUUCACAAUGCGAGUAAUACAACUUUCUACGAAAAAGUUGUUGCUAAAGUCUGGCCUAAUCUGAUUGUACAGCGUAAUGAAGCACAUGGUAUUCAAACGGCGCGUCUCAGCUGUUUGAAAGCAAAUGCAACGAAAGUGGAAAGAAAGACUAUUGGCGGGGUACCUAAUGUGGCGACGAGAUUCCAGUUAUACGGAUGGGUCGUGAUGGCUGUUGUUUCUGCAGUGGGACUUUUGUUGUUGUAA